AUGACCCCACCAGCUGUGGCCGUCGGGGUGCGGGCUCCCUUGCAUGCUGAAGGGGUCCCCACAGCCAACCCUCUACGGCAUGGUUUCGGCCACGCGGAGACACGGGAUGGGGUCCACGCGUCACGAAUUGUGGAGGCAUCCCGAGACUGCUCCCAUGGGGCGAACUGCCGCCGCUGCUCAAACUGCAGUUGCGCCGCAGUUGCGGGUGGUCGAGGUCCCUCGAGGAAGCCUUUGUUUGAGGUGUCUGCGGCUGACGCGUCCAUUGUUGCUUCAGUAGCUUCUCUUUUACAGCACCUCGGGAUGCAGAACAGCUCCGAAGGAUGCGGAGCCCCAUGCUUCCUCAGCGCCACUGAGCCUAUGAUAAGCAUGCCUGACUACUUGGAACGUCUGGCCCGUUUUUUUCAGUGCAGUGGGGAGUGUUUUGUGCUGGCUCUGGUCUACAUUGACCGGCUGCUCCAAAUGAACAAUCAUGUUUGGCUGUGUCCCCUCAACCUGCACCGUCUGGCGGUCACAGCUCUAAUGGUUGCCGUCAAAUUUGCGGACGACACAUUCUACUCGAACGCGUACUACGCGAAAGUUGGGGGCUUACCCCUGCAGGAGAUGAACCACCUUGAAGCGACGCUACUACGUAUGCUGCACUUCAGGUUGCACGUCAUGCCGUGUGAAUUUGACAAGUACUUUAGACUCGUCUUGGACUCCCCUUUUGCGGCGACGGGUAGACCCCGUGCACUGGGCUGGAAUAACAACCAGCAUCAGCACUCUGCGGCUCCGGUUGAGGGACCCAGCAGCAACGGUGAUGGCAACAGCAGUAGCGAUACUCCUGGGCAACUGUCUUGCACGAGCAGCAGUGGGGAGGCGCUGCAGCAGCAAUGCGUGAACACUUGUUGCUCCCCUUCUUCGUCUGGGUCGACUGGAUGUUGUUCAGGUAGUUCCCAGUCAGUGUCGCCUCCUUGCACACCCGAAGCGUCUGCUGCGACAAAGUCCCCCCCAAUGCAGCGGGAAGAAACAGCCAACAGCAGCGGCGGUUGGUGCUCCACGGGACAGUUAGUUAAGCGUGCAGCUGACGACGUGCAGUCCGUCCCCGCAGUACAGAUGUGCGAGGUAGAGGGCAAGGAUUGCAUAGUUCGAGGGCCAUUGGAUUCUGACCGCAGUCAAGUUUCUAGCUGUGGGGCCAGUGAGGCCGCACAACCACCACUGCGCUGA